AUGAACAUAUGGCAGGAAAACGACGAAAAGUUUGAUAACACCACUAAGAAGAUCAAAUUAUCCAUAUCGUCGCUGGUGAUCUACACGCAGCAAUACUCAUUCGCUGGUACACUGAGUGACAAAUGCGUGCUACCAGCCGUGCCACGUCCGGUGGAACAACACGCCUCUGAAGAAGGCGAAAAAGCCGAAACGUCAGGCAAAUAA